AUGCCUCGUUUGUCCGUGUUGGUCACGCAAGAGGAGUGCUUGUACGAUGACCGUUGGACGAAAGAGGCUGACAAUCUUUUUAUUGACCUUCUAAUGGAGGAGAAUGCUGUGGGUGAAUGGAAAUAUGGCAGACCCGUUUCUUCCGUUUUUGAUUCUUGCAGGUUAGAGAUAAAAGAAGAAUUGAACAUAAACUUCACCCUUGGUGAAGUUGAGAUGCGGCUUGAUUUUCUCCAAAAACAUUAUAGUGUUUUCAGUUGGAUGCUCAGAAAACACGGGCUACGUCAUUGUGUUCAAUCGAACGUCUUAACGGCCCCCGUCGCCGUUUGGGAUGACAUAUUCGAGUCCAACUCUCUCAGUGUGGCGUAUCAACAUUGUGGUGAUCCUCGAUGGAAUGAGCUUAAGUUUCUUUUCACUUCGGUGUAUGGGGCCUCACCAGAAACAGACGUUGUGCAAGACGUGCAUUCGACCAAUGAAUAUGUCGUAGGUGCGCAGAUUGAAUCAUCAGAUCUAGUGUCGGAACCGUCAAACAACAAUGUUAUGGGCAAUUGUCCCGUCGGAGACAAUUUUUACCCACAUAUGAGGCCUCGAGAACGUGACAUGCCUUCUGAAUGCUCUGUUAAUACUCAACCACAUGUUUUCAAUCCAAGGCGGGGUAGUCAAACCCCAAGGCGCAUCCCUCGCCCUCCGCACAAUAGUUCCCCUUCGUCGUGCAAGGGCUCCUCCAAUGAUCCGCUCAUUUGA